AUGGUGGUAGGGGGACACGCAGGGGGCAGUAGAAUCCUGGCGGGGCUCUGCGCGUGUGGUAAACUCAGCGGGUGGCAUAUCACCUUGGCGCUCCUGGGACAAGGGCACUUUCACCAGGCCACCGAGCUGCUGCUCAUUCCCAACAUCCUCAUACCAGUGACCUGGGAGGUGUUCUGGGUGAAGAGAGCUCUGGAGGGGGCUGCUUGGUUUACUCCGGGUUUGGGAGAGGGGGCCUCGUCUCACGGAAGAGGAACUGUGUGUCCCGGCAGGUCCCAGGAGAAGGGCUUCUGCCAGCCGUACCGCGGCAUCGCCUGCGCCCGCUUCAUCGGGAACCGGAGCAUCUACGUGGAGUCGCUGCAGAUGCAGGGGGAGAGCGAGAACCGCAUCACGGCGGCCUUCACCAUGAUUGGCACCUCCACGCACCUAUCGGAUCAGUGCUCUCAGUUCGCCAUCCCGUCGUUCUGCCACUACGUGUUCCCGCUGUGUGAGGAGGGGGGGGCGCGGGGGCCCCGGCGCCGGCAGCUGUGCCGGGACGAGUGUGAGGCGCUGGAGAGCGAGCUGUGCCAGGCGGAGUACGCCAUCGCCCGGUCCGACCCGCUCAUCCUCAUGCAGCUGGAGCUGCCCGCCUGCAGGCUCCUCCCCCACGUCGGGUCACCUGACGCCGCGUCCUGCAUGCGCAUCGGCGUGCCCCUCGACCGGCUGCAGAAAUACUCUCCCCCAGACCACCGGUGCUAUAACGGGAGUGGAGCGGAUUAUCGGGGGACAGAGAGCAGCACGAAGUCGGGGCUGCAUUGCCAGCCCUGGAGCUCGCAGUACCCCCACAGCCACCACCUCACCUUCGCUGACUUCCCCGAGCUCCGGGGGGGGCACAACUUCUGCCGCAACCCCGGGGGGCAGAUGGAGGCGCCCUGGUGCUUCACCACCGACAAGCGGCAGAGGGUGGACCUGUGCGACAUCCGGCCCUGCAAGCCCCCGGAGAACCUGAAGAAGGAGAUCCUGUACAUCCUGGUGCCCAGCAUCGCCAUCCCGCUGGUCAUCGCCUGCCUGUUCUUCCUGGUGUGCAUGUGCCGUAACAAGCAGAAGGAGUCCUCCGACACGCCCCCCCGACGCCAGCUCUCCUCCUCCCCCAGCCAGGACGUGGAGCUGCCCCUGCUCAGCCCCCACAAGCACCAGGCGAAGCUGCGGGAGAUAAACCUGUCUGCGGUGCGCUUCAUGGAGGAGCUGGGCGAGGACCGCUUCGGGAAGGUGUUCAAGGGCCACCUGUACGGCACGGCGCCCGGGGAGCACACGCAGGUGGUGGCCAUCAAGACGGUGAAGGACAAGGACGAGGGCACGCUGCGGGAGGAGUUCCGUCACGAGGCCCUGCUUCGCUCCCGCCUGCAGCACCCCAACAUCGUGUGCCUGCUGGGCGUGGUCACCAAGGAGCAGCCCAUGAGCAUGGUGUUCAGCUUCUCCGGCCCGGGCGACCUGCACGAGUUCCUGGUCAUGCGCUCGCCGCACUCCGACGUGGGCAGCUCGGACGACGACAGGACGGUGCGCUCGGCGCUGGAGCAGUCCGACUUCCUGCACGUGGUCACGCAGGUGGCCGCCGGGAUGGAGUACCUGUCCAGCCACCACGUGGUGCACAAGGACCUGGCCACGCGCAACGUCCUGGUCUGCGACAAGCUCAACGUCAAGAUCCUGGACCUGGGGCUCUUCCGCGACGUCUACUCCGCCGACUACUACAAGCUGCCGGGCAGCGGCAGCCCGUUCCCCAUCCGCUGGAUGUCCCCGGAGGCCAUCGCCUACGGGAAGUUCUCCACCGACUCGGACAUCUGGUCGUACGGCGUGGUGCUGUGGGAGAUCUUCAGCUACGGGCUGCAGCCGUACUGCGGCUACUCCAACCAGGACGUGAUGGAGCUGGUCCGCAGCCGGCAGGUGCUGCCCUGCCCGGACGACUGCCCCGCCUGGAUCUACACGCUGAUGCUGGAGUGCUGGAGCGAGUUCCCGGCGCGGAGGCCCCGCUUCAAGGACAUCCACGGCCGGCUGAGGGCCUGGGAGAGCCUGGCCAACUACAACAGCUCCGCCCAGGCCUCGGGCACCAGCAACACCACCCAGACCAGCUCGCUGAGCACCAGCCCCGUCAGCAACAUGAGCGCCACGCGCUACACCGGCCCCAAGCCCAAGCCCUUCCCCCAGCCGCAGUUCCUCCCCAUGAAGGGCCCGAUGAGGCCCAUGGUGCCCCCUCCCCAGCUCUACAUCCCGGUGAACGGCUACCAGCCCAUGCCGGCCUACCCGUACCUGCAGAACUUCUACCCCAUGCAGCUGCCCAUGCCCAUGGCGGCCCCGGCGGGGCACCCCGCACACGGCCACGCCCCGCCCAAGGCGGGGUCGCACCACAGCGGGAGCGGCUCCACCAGCACCGGCUACGUCACCACGGCGCCCUCCAACGGCUCCGGCACGGAGCGGGCCAACCUGCUGCUGGACGACGGCAAGGGGGCGGGGCCCGCGGAGGACGGGGGCGGGGCCGACAGGGCCUCCCAGGCCGGUCUCCACGGAGACGACCGCUCCUCCGUCCCCGAGACGGAGCUGCUGGGGGACACCGACACCCCCCCCACAGAGGACCCCGAUAUUCACAUGGACGCAUAGAGUGGGGAGGGCCGGGGUGACCUGCCCUGGUUUUAUUUUAUUUUAAUUUUUUUUGGGGGGGGCUAACAUGGACCAUUUUUUUUAAUUUUAUCUUUCUUUUUUAUUUUUAAGAGCUAAGCCUGCCUUUUGAGAUGAGAGGCGUUUUUCAAUAGAGUACAGCAGCUUCUUUUUUUUGUUUCAAAGUGAAGGGAAUGCAUUUUUGCUUUAAAAAAAAUGUAUGAAGAGACCAAUAAAUGAUUGUUAUUUAUGGGUCGGGUUUUGAGGUCACUGGUGCGGAGACUCACCGGCAGUGUUUGAGGUUGGAAUCUAUCCCCUCCCGGCUUUGGAAUUUAGAGACUGUGAAAGUUGCUCGUCACUGACUGAAGAAUCGCGUUUUUUUCGUCCCCCGAACCCCCCAGCUUGGAGUGAGCGCUAGCCCCGUUAGCGCCGGACAGUGUUCUCCAAUGAGAAGGUGUUGCAAAGCCUCGCAGAAGAAUUCGUUUUCUUACUGUUGCUGUGCAACAUGAAGCCGGACUUUGUCGCCAGGAUUCCUGAAGUUCAAUUCAUGUUCUUUUUUUUUCUUCUUUUUUUCUUUUUAACAAUUCCUGGUACGUGAGAAAAAUAUAUACUGUGGUUUUUAAGGCGCGAGAGACAGAACUAUUUUGUUGUUUUUAAAAUACAUGGUCGCAUUUACAAAGAAAUUACCCCAGAGUUGUUUAACCUCGGGGUAUAGGAUCACACACCUGCGCUGGACCGUUCAAAAUUCGCUGAGUCCUGGCUCAACGGACAAUGAGAGACUAGAAUGGAGGGACGGCCAUUUUGUGUCUACGGAUACACCGCUAACGAUGCUUUUUGCGAAGAGGACUCUUCAACCGAUUAAAUUAUCUGCGAACUUUCUUUCCAAACACGUAGCUACACGUAACCUGCGUGGAGUUGAAUGGGGUACACUGCAGACGGCAACACGGUCUCCAAAUCACACACGGAAAUGCGUGAAGGUAUUAUUAUGCUUCAUACGACAUCGCUUAAAGGUAAUUGAUAUUACUGGAUUUUAUUCUUUUUUUAAGUCCCCUGUUGUAAAGAAUUUGUAAUUUAUGUAAAUGUUUUUUUUUAAAAUAGCUCCUCCUGAAGAACAGACCGUUUUAAACACUGCUCACUGUGUAGCCCGCGGUAUUACCGCCUCUGUGUCCUAGCAACAAGGUACCUGCUAUUAUUGGAGGAUUUUUGUAAAGCUCGCGGAAGUGAUUGUCUUCUUUUAUAACUAUAGCAACCGUUAUCCAUAUAUUGUGCACAUCCAGCCACAUGGAGUCCAAUAAAAUGAUACAUUAUUGAAA